UUGUUGAUCUAGAAUAAAACCCUAAUAUUUUCUCAAAAUCCAGGCUGAAUGGGGAUGAGAAAGAUGGGCAUUAAUCAUAUACCGGAAGAACUAAUCUUCACAAUACUCUCAUUGUUGCCUGCAAAAUCACUGCUCCUGUGCACCGCAGUCUGCAAACUGUGGCAAUCCAUUAUAUCAAACCCAAAAUUCAUCAACACUCAUCUCGCCAAUUCCCAGAAAAAACAAACCCGUUUCUCGGUACUUACCACACGUGAAGGAUUCCCCCACUACUCCAAAGAAGAAGAAGAAGAAGAAGAAUCCGUUAUUAUCCUCAAACUGCCACCACGAUCACAUUUUCCUGGUUCGACUUGUUCUGUCGGCUCUUGUAAUGGUCUUCUUUGUCUUUCUAAUUCACUUGCUGCUAUUAUACAUGUAUGGAAUCCGUCCACGAAGCGGUUGAAGAUGAUUCCUCCUCCUCCAAAGCUAAUUCGCGUGUAUCAAUAUUAUAAGUCGCGGUUGGAUUUUGAUCCACAUUUUAGUUUUGGGUUCGGUUAUGAUUCCAUUUGUAAUGAUUACAAGAUUCUUAUAGUCCUUGGGUAUUCGCAUCAAUUAGUAGAGGCGAUUUUGUAUUCCUCCAAUGCCGAUUCUUGGAAAGAGAUUGAGGUUCCUAAAACUGUAAUAAAUACAAUGCUCUGUAAUUUACCCAAAUGUGUUCAACUUAAGGAUGACGGGGUAUUGUACAUAGAUGGUCGCCUUGUAUUACUCUCCUUCGAUUUGCAUAAUGAGGUGUUUGGAGUGAAACCUUAUCCAUUGCACCAUAUAGCAAAGUCGAAUGCUUUGAAAUUUGGUGAUUCUGUUGCAAUGAUCUUCGAGUCCAGUGGCGAUGGAUCAGUCAGUUUAUGGACACUUGAUGAUGUUUGUGGGUCCUGGACCAAAAAGUUGAAUCUUGAUGGGGCCGCUGAUUGGAAGAGAGUUCGGGUACCUCUUAUUUUGGGCGUCGGGCAGAUUGUCAUGAGAGAACAUGUUGGUGGCUACUUUCAUGACUUCUAUCUUUAUGAUUAUAAAAAGAAAAACACCAAGAAGAUUCUUUCUGGAGAGACUAGUCAUGUACAGCGUACAGUACUUGAUGAAUACACCGAUAGCCUCGUCUAUUUGGAAGGAUUCCAGAAUGAGGCUGAAUUCGAAUAGUUAAUCACCUUCUUUUUGGAAGGUCUGGACUGAUGACGACUGGUGUUGAAGCUGAAUUUUUUCUUCAGCGACUAUACGAGAUGCAUGCAUAGUUUAAUUUUGUUUUAUAUCAUCGUAAUAAAGUGA